CACAAGUCUCGUCCUGCUCUGGGUUCUUGCUGCGCUCAUCUGCAAUGUUGUUUUUAUAGAUGUAAGAACCCCUCGGGUUCUAGAAAUGAGUAAAGCACGGAUGGCACGAAUAGUGAAGAGAGGCUUCCAGCUUCAUGAUCCGGAACAAGCUGCUGGGGAAAUGUCUGCAGGCCCAGGUAGGACGACCCCAGGGCAGGGUGUCCACAGUGGACUGUAGUCCCACCAACCCCCUGCAAGAGUGGCACUGGCAGACUGGGAGUGCGGCCCUGGUGAACGGCCACACGGGGCAGUGUGUGACCGCCCCCGCGGAGCAAUACGAGGGAGUCCAUCUCCAACCCUGCGCUGACAGGACAGAGGGGGACGGGGGGAGGAACGGACGUCGUAAACAAGCAUGGUCCUGCUCCAAAAGAGGCCACCUGACACUGCAAGGCAGGGGUGUUCACCUCAUCGCCACCAAAGACUCCGCUCUGGUAUUUCUGUCCAAGGAGCAGAAGCAGCAUGGAAACAGGUGGCUGACACUUGACAACCAGACGUUGUGCAGGGAGAUGGACGACAGCCAACGCCACUUUCAGAAUCAGGGGGAUCCAUUGCAUCUUGUGGUCUCUCCAAGUGUCAUUUCCAGUACAAAGCCUCAACCGAUUGGAGAUGUAUUGGGCUUUGAUGAUUAUCAAAAGGACCAAGUGUCUGAACCAGUCCCUUUGUUCAUAAGCACAAAAGCACCCGGGAAUCCCACCAUGGUGUUCUUCACCAUGGACUAUGGACUGAGCUGGAAGAUAACUAUGUUGGUCCUCAGCUCUGUGGCUUUAGUGCUGGGGACUGUGAUUCUAAUCCUCAAUGUGUACUCCAACAGGAGGAGGAAGAAGGUGGUGUGUGUGCUGAAGUCCUUCUCUCCGAGGGAAGAGGUGAGCAUUCCUGGGUCUCCGGUGCAGAGUGAAAGGGCCCCACUCACCAGCCACGCCGCGUGCCUCCCGCACACCUCACCCUCUCUACGAGGAGAGAUCCUGAUUGAGUGGAAAGAUGGCACUGUUACUCCUCUUUAAGAAGGCUGAAUGGCUUGUGUAUGAUCUGCAGGGCAUCUGAGACUAAGGUAAAUGUGGACCAUAGUGUGUGUUAUGCUCACCCGCAUGUGUGUGUGCGUGGGAUACAUGAAAGGGUAUGGAUAAACUGCCUGCUGCCUGACAAGAUUUAUGCUCAGCAGAUGUGGUGUGCAGGUUUUCUUUCCAACAUCAACAAUUGCACACAAGGUGAAUAUUUAAGAUUUAAUUGCUCCUCUUUUUACAGAAUUAACCGACUGUAUGUAAUGUAAUUAAAAGUGUGUGUAUUUUUUCAUGUAUUCCACAUUCUAUUCUACAUAAACUCUAGCUGUAUAGAUAUUUAAGUAAUCUGUAACAGAUUUUUAACAGAUUUAUUUUUGGUUGCUUGAAGAAUGUGUUUAAACUAGUGCUGUCAAGCGAUUAAAAUAUUUAAUAGCGAUUAAUCACAUUAAUGUCAUAGAUAACUCAAGAUUUCGCAAAAACUUUUCUUUUUUAAAUAUCCCUUGAUUUCUUUGUCCCAUUAAUUUUUCUCCUUUUAAUGCUCUUAUCAACAUGGAGAAGUGCAUCGGCUUGCCUUGUGCAAAUUUUUUUUUAUUGAUAACAACAUUGGCAUAUAAUGAUCAAAGCAGGACGAUACAAAAAAAAAGCCUAUAGUGCAAUUGAACGAUGAACAUACAAACAUACUGCCUUGAAAAUAGCAGUCAGGCUACUGCUUCUUUGUUUUGAGCCAAAAAAAUAAAAUAAAAAAUUGCGUUAAUCGCGCGAUAACAAAAUUAACGCCGUUAAAAUUGCUUUGCGUUAGCGCCGUUAAAAUUGCUUUGCGUUAGCUGACGCGUUUAACCUUCAGCACUAGUUUAAACUUGUUUUAUUGACUAAUGCACUUUUGUGAUACUGACUCUAUGUACUCUGACUUGCUGCACCUUAGUACAUUGAUGUCAGUUCUUGCAUCAUUUCUAAACAUGUAUGCCAGAUGUUUCAUGGCAUAAUAAAAUAUACUUAUUCUAAAUAAACGUUUUAACUUUAGCUUGUGUCUUUUGUAGCAUUGCUCACGUUGCUCAUGUUUUUGUUUAAUACAUAUCUGUCCUGCCAAAAAGGAAUGAGAAGGUUAUCAAGAAAGGGGUGAUUUGUGGCCACUCUAUUACAACUUUCUGUGAAUGUUGUUGUAGGAGUGGGCGCGUUAACUGUAGCCUGAUGAGGAUUCUGAAAGUCCUGGCACUCCCCAGUGGCAUGGAAAUUUCCCAGCAGGAGAGAUGAAGAGAUGAAGGUGUUUUUAUGUUUAGGGGCAGCUGGGAUUUUUGCAGAGCAAGCUAAUUUGGCAGCUGCCUUUGACAGAUCCAAUGCUUGAAGGAAUAUGAACAACAUUUGCAUUGUCGAAUAUACAAAAUUGUUCCAUUUAGAAGACAUAAAUCUUUCCUUGGUUGAUUCGUAAUUUCUUAAAUCCCAAUCUGCUUGUCUAACAUCCAGAUAUUGUCAAAAAGGGAGGGUUGGAGGAGGUUAUUACGGCACUGCCAAACCUUAUACAUGUGUCUCACGCACAUAGCAAACAUUUUGAUGCUAAUCAGUCAGCAAUUGUGUUGCUGAAUGAUUAAGUUAAUGAAGGCCUGUUUUAGAAGUUCAGGACGUAGAAGAGAAGGUGUGUAUAUAUCUAGAAUAGAAUAAUUCCUUUCAGGGCAGGAACAUGGGCAUGGGAACGACAAAGGGCUGAAACGUGUAUGUUAUGAGUCACUGACCUGCAUUACAUUCAACGCCUGCCAUUCUGCAUUUCCAGUUGCUUGUAUCAUUGUGCCUUCAGUUGCAUUGUCACUAUUUGUAGUAUUCAGGAGUCAUGACUACCACAUGACUGGAAUAAUGGUGCAUAUUUACAUUUCAAUGCUCAAAACUGGUACCGUAAUGGCUUGAUGAGAAUAUACUUAAGCAUAUUGCAGGCAUAUUAUUAUUGCAUUACCUGCAUUAACUUUUAAUGUCAAAUUAAUUAAAAAUAAAUGUCUUCUAAUAGAGAAAAGACAACAUCAUUGUGUUGAUUUGAUGUUGAUCUGUGGGGAUCUGGUGCCUCUGUUGAUUAUGUCUGGCCCGAUGACUGCUGUGGACAGGAAAUGUACAUGUGGAAUGUGUAAAAUAAUGAGUUGCUAAGUACGACAGACGUUGUAAUUACCCCACAUUGAGCCACA